AUGAUACAUAUACGUCCCUUUCUACUGUCCUCUCGGCUAUCUGCCCGCACUCCUCUACAGUGUGCUUACCGGUUAUUCUCCGAUAUUCCCGCUCCGCCCAUACCCCCGGCUUCCCCGACCUCCCAGCAUCAUGACCUCCCUUCAUUCCUCGACUACGCCGCGAGAACUUCUCUAGACCCAACAAGUACCACGUACGUCGGUACACACUACGAAUACACUGUCCGUCAGGCCCUCCGCCGCUGGGCUCUCGACCUGACCCGCAUAGGCGGCAGGCUAGACUCCGGCAUAGACCUAGUGGGCAGCUGGCAUCUUCCGGACGCAAACUCACAACCGCUACGCGUCAUCGUACAAUGCAAGGCUCUGAAAAACAAAGUAGGUCCGAACGUGGUACGGGAGCUAGAGGGAACUUUUGCAGGAGCACCGGUGGGAUGGCGCGGCCAGGGAAUACUGGGCAUGCUCGUAAGCUCGAGGGAGUCUACGAAGGGGCUGCGGACUGCGCUGUUGAAAAGCAGGUACCCCUUGGUAUGGAUUUUUGCGGAGUUAGAUGGUCGUGUUCGGCAGGUUUUGUGGAAUAAAAGGGCGGACGAUGCGGGCUUGGCAGCAUUGGGAGUUGAGGUUAAGCAUGCAGGGGAAGUGCAGGAGGAUGCUGACGAUAAGGUUGUGUCUGUAACCUGGAAUGGAGAGGAGAUUAAGGGUCUUCCGGAAACGCUUGGAUGA